GGUAUUUCCGAGGUACCAAGACCAAUGCACAUGGACCUCCUUCGUUGGUUAAUCCAUCCCGGCCACCGAAGGAGGGUAGCGUUGCCGCGGUCCAUCCAUAUUGAAGCCGCCUUCGAUAUCCUUGGGUUCAUAGGGUCGUGCUUUUAUUGAAAGCGUCCAUACAUGGUACUUAAUGAGCAUCGGAUGCCCCGCGCAAGCUUGACUCUCCGUGCAGGAUCCUUCGCUGGUCUCAACCUCGGUGGACAUACCUCACGAUCCUACAAUCAUCGUUCAUAGCAAACUUAACACCACCCACUGAGGCAACCGCGAGGUCGGAAACGAGCAACAUAACUAUGGCAGAACAGCUGAAUGAAUCCAGGUCGCAAGGCAUGGAAGAUCUUCCAGCCUUCAGCAUUCCUGUCGUCGAGGUGGUCAGCAAGACGUCCAAUCUCCGCACUCAGAACAACCCCGGAGACCCCUGGCAGCGUGGCACGCUCACCGAGCGCGACAAUAAACGAGUGGCUGUCAGUUGCGUCUGCAAGGACAUUGUCCAUGGCCUCUACGAGGAGAGAGUCAAGUCUUUCGCACAAGAGAACGGGGAGGAGGACAGCGACGAUGACGACGGGGAGGAGGAGGAGCCGGAGCACUGCAGCCUUAUCGUCCUGCACUUCCGCUUUGACCCGGUGGACCUGGGUAGGCGCAUCAAAAAAGUGCAGACAACGCUCGAGUUCUCGGCCAUGGACGGGCGGGACGAUGCCCCCGUGGUCGACCGCAUAUCGGCGGACGGAUUCUAUUGGAUCUACCCCACUUCCCAGAAAGAGAUUAUUACCUCAGGGGCCAGCGGCAAGGCUGGAGGUAAGGUCUUUGGAGCCGAGUUGGGUGGGGAGCUAAAGCGGGAGCGGGUGGUCGAAAGGGAGGUCUCGCACGCAGGGACGGUCAGGGGUGCCAUCAGGACCCUUGGCGCCAACCAGUGGAAGCCGAACGCUGCAACGUGGACGCUGAUGGAGAACACCGAGGACAGGUCGGGGGCUCCUAUCAGUCUACGGGCCAGCAUCCUUGUCAAGCGUAAGCCGGCGGUCGACUUCCAGGCGCACUUCUCGAUGGAGGUCACACCGGAUAAUCUCACCCAGGCGCAGACCUGGUUCAAAUCGCGGCCCAAGGACGACCCGGUACUAUACAAGGUGGAUAAGAAGCCUACGAAUAAGCUGCACCACUACGUUAAGGAGACCAUUGACGCCGAGAAGAAGAGGAAAAUGGUCAACAACCUCGGCAAGCUGGACUUUGACGGCCGCGAGUUUACCGACAUCACCUUCCGCACCGUGUGGCAGGAUGCGGAGAAGAAGAAAUGACCGGUCCAGAGGUAGGCAGUGUUGGUUCAGUUGGCUGCAUGGGGUGCCUAUUUUAUAUUGGAGCAAUGGGGUCUGAGCGAAUCGAAAGCCUUGUCUCUCGUUCUGUGUCACCAUGACCUGCCCCCUGCCGAGGCCCUUUCUCAGAGCCUUGUCUCAGACCUCAACUUCCAUUGGUGUGCCACGAGGACGUGCUGCUGCCCAGCAUGCACUCGUACCAUUUGUGGCUAGCUAGUGUUGAAGCGCCGGGCCGCGGCGCGACAUGCAUGAGACGGGCCUCAUCCUCUCAGACCAUCUGCCUCUACGGAGAUAGGUACUUAGAUGUACAUACAUGCAGGGAGGGUCAAUGACCGCUUUUAAGGGCAGGCUUGGAAGGUCCACUUUACCGAGCCGUUCAAGGCG